AUGGCUGCCGAGUUCAUCAAUUUCCGUGAUGCGGCCGACAUACCCCUAACUUUGGUAGAGCAUAUCAAGGACGCGGUGGAUAACCUUCCGCGGCUCAGCCCAUCGGAAAUUGACUUGGCGGAUUCAUGUCCGAUAUGCCUGGUUGCGUUCGAUUCCAUUGUAGAAGACGCUGGUGAAGCAUCACUCUUCGCUCACCACUCAAGCGAACCUGCCGUCACGAGCGUAACGAAAGUCGAAGGUUGUGGGCAUUUAUUCUGCACACGAGACCUCAAAGAAUGGAUCAAUGGACUUCACGGAACGUGUCCCUCAUGCAGACAUCCUUUCCUCGAGAUUCACGUCCCAGAUGACGAAUCAUCGGAUGGAGGAGAGUACAUACCAGGAGAACCGGACGCUGAAGACGAUGACAUGGAACUAGAUGUGACGGAGGCAGAGGACGAAACGGAUGAAGACGGGUUCGAUGUCGAUCUUAUCGACGAACCUGAGAUUUAUUCGGACGUCGAAAACCGAGGAUCAUACGAAGACGCGAGUGGGUACCCGCGCUCGCACCCCAACUAUGACGACAAUUUCGAGUCAAACAACUCGCCUAUCGGCCUUCACGUAGGAGUGAGGAAUCGAGAUGUCCCCGAGAUCAUCACGACCGACUACGGUGUCACCGGCAUUGCAUCGCAUACAAGAUACGAGGGACCGAGUUUUGCCUACGACUACGACGAGAGUGACGCGGACUAUUCCCCGAGCUCCAUGGAUGAUGGCAGUACCAGUGAUGAGCUCACUGACGAUGACGCCGGAUCCGACACUGAGCUGUCAAGUAUUGAGGAGUUCGUUGCAGAUCCGUGCACAGAACGAUGUCCCAAUCCCGAGGUGGGAUGCGACAGCAUACGGUCCAACCACCCAAGCCUCCUUAUACCGCCCGCGGAUGAGUGUUAGACGUGAUGU